AUGGCAUCUCUUCAGCCCAGAGAAUGUAAACUGACCAAAAAAGAAAAGGAGAGCUAUGGAUUCUGUCUGCGCAUUGAGAAAUUCAAAUCGGGUCACCUUAUCCGGAAUGUGGAGAAGGGUGGUCCAGCUGAGAAGGCAGGCCUGAAGGAUGGAGACCGAGUGCUGAGGGUCAAUGGAAUAUUUGUAGACAAUGAAGAGCAUGCAAAGGUGACUGAAUUGAUUAGGAAAUGUGUGGAUUCUGUAGUAUUCCUAGUUUUGGAUGAAAAUUCUUAUGAAAAUGCACAAAAGGAAGGAGUCUGUUUCGAAGAGUUGGGUCAAAAGUUACCAACCCAGCAGCAGGCAGAACAUCAUCUUCCUGUGGCAAAUGGGCCAUCUGUUCCAAUUCCGCAACUCCGGCUUUGUUAUCUGGUGAAGGAAAAAAAUAGCUAUGGCUUCUCUUUGAAGACCAUUGCAGGUCAGACGGGAUUGUUCCUUGUAGACUUGGUCCCACAAGGACCAGCUGUAAAAGCUGGAGUGCAACCGAAUGACCGCCUAAUUGAAGUAAAUGGAGAGAAUGUUGAGAAUGACACUCAUGAAGAAGUGGUGGAGAAGGUGAAAAGGUCUGGGAAUCAAGUUGUGUUUCUGUUGUCAAAUAAAGAAAGUGACCAUUAUUACAACCGCCUGAAUAUGGAACUGACAAGAGGAUUGGCCAGCCUGGAAUUAUUGCCCCACAAACCUCGGAGUCUUGAGAUCAAAAAAGGGAAUAAUGGCUAUGGAUUCUAUCUGAGAAUGGAACAAAACGGGAAAGGUCACUUAAUUAAGGACGUUGAGUCUGGCAGCCCUGCAGCUAAAGUAGGUCUCAAGGACAACGACAUCUUGGUGGCUGUAAAUGAAGAGUCAGUUGAAACACUGGAACAUGAUGCGGUGGUGGAGAAAAUCAGGCAGUCUGGCCAAUCAACUACACUGCUGGUGGUGGAUGAAGAGACUGAUGCCAUGUACAAAAUGGCUAAAAUAUCUCCAUGUGUCUAUUGCCAUAAAAAACCAGUGCAAUCCCCACCUGAAGUUCCAUUGGCAACACAUCAUAAUGAAGAAGAAAAUCACAAGCCAAGACUCUGCAAGCUAGAGAAGGGUCCCAAUGGAUUUGGCUUCCGUUUGAAUGCCAUCAAAGAUGUGCCUGGCCAGUUCAUCAAACAGGUAGAGAAAGAUGGAGCAGGAGACACUGCAGGACUGCAUGUUGAUGACAUCUUAAUAGAAGUGAAUGGUGUCAAUGUGGAGAAGGAAGACUAUGAAAAUGUAGUGGCAAGAAUCCAUGAUAGUGGCAAGAAGCUAACAUUGCUAGUAUGUGACAAAAAGGCUUAUCAGUACUUCAAGUCCCAGAAAAUACCUAUUACCACAUCAAUGGCAGAUGCGUUAGAUGAGAGUAAGGACCCCCCUGCUUACACAGAAAUACAAGCUGCAGAACAGCCAGAACCACAGGAGAGGGCCAGCUCUUCAUCCUCAUCAGACUCAGAUGACGAUACCCAAUUGUGA